AUGAAGGCGAUGACGCUAGUUGCGCACGAAAGUUUGUCCGAAUGCACCCUACUAUACCAGUCGGACAGCUGGACAAAAGGGGCCACGGCUGGGUCUCGCACCGAAGCGAAGGACCCCCAAAUCAUGACCAACCGUGGCAAUCGCAGUCAACGCAAACGUAAAUCCACACCUCCAUACAAUACCGUAAAGAAAGUACGCAACCAAACAUUCUCACCACCUUCCAUAUCGCAAACUAUCCCAGGCAUCGCACCAACGAGCCAACGCGAUUCUCCACCUUCGCCUCCUGUUGCCGAAGAAACCUUAUCAGAAGAUUCAUUUUGGUCGUCAACUACAGGCCGAUUUACUACUACUACUACUUGGUAG